AUCAAAGUGUAUAUAUAUAAUAAAGUGAUUCUCUUACUCGCACAUACCACAAAGUGAAUCCAAUUUGGAUUCACGUUUGAAUUUUUCGCUCUCACUCUAUCUCAGUCAUUCGUGAAUAUUCAUCGGACUAAGCAGCAGCAGCACACGACAAUUGUCUGUAAGCAAACAAAGUGGUGUAUAAAUCGAAGUGAACACAUUCAGUAUUAUAAUAAAAACAUGAACGACACCCGAACAUUUUGCAAUUUAAAAUAUUGAAAAGUUGAAAAGGUGUAUCAGAAUUUCAACCAAAACAGAAAAAGAAGAAGAAGAAGAAGAAGAGUGUAUUAGGGCGAGAGUGUGUGUGUCUGUAAAAGAGGCCAAAUGCACGCCACCAAUAAGAACGCCACUCAUUUGGCAAAAUAACAACAUGACAUGCAUAGAACAGUGUGCUUAAGUUGAAUUGAACCGUGAUUAAUUGACAGAUAUCCAAAUAUUUACAUUUGCUAUUGACAUUCUCGAAUAAAAGCAACUAAAAUGAAGACAAAAGUGACCAAAAUUUGAAUACGACGACGAAACCAAAUAAGUGACAAACAAAAAUGAGCUACUGUAAAAAUUGGUACGAAUGUCGGUCAUUGCAGUGUAUCAUCGUCAUUCAUCAUCGAUUUAUCAAUGAAUGUAUGCGCACGAUGAUUUUUUAAAGAAGGAAUUUAUCGAAUCGUUGAUUGUUUUGUGGUAUUCACAUUCGGUGUGUGUGCGCAAUUUUUCUUUUUUAAAUGCAAUUGCAUGUUUGAGUGUGUGUGAGUGUGCCGAAAAGCCAUUAGAGAAGAAAAUUACUAAGCAAGCUAUUGUGCAAACGGCAAAACGACACAAAUAAAUAUCUGUUUCAGUGCAUUUUUUUUUUGUUUCGUUCGGUACGUGCAUGCGACAUACAUACAUCAAAACAAGUGAAGUGUUUCUGCAGCCGCUGCCCGACACAAAACAACAACAAUAGCCCAAAGCAACUAGAGAGACGCACUGCAGACGAACAUAAAUCACAAAUCAGGCGAUAUACAUCAACCGCAACGAUACGAAAUUUCGACGACUUAAUAUCAUAUAAAAAUGCAAACAAUCAGCGGUGGUGGUAGCUUACGCUCAGGUGUUUAUGAUGGUAAAAUAGCUGGUCUAUAUGAUUUGGAGCAAACACUUGGCGUUGGACAUUUUGCCACCGUUAAAUUGGCAAGGCAUGUGUUUACGGGCGAAAAGGUAGCUGUUAAAGUCAUCGACAAAACCAAAUUGGACGAAGUUUCACGUGCACAUCUUUUUCAAGAAGUCAGAUGCAUGAAAUUGGUGCAACAUCCGCAUGUGGUGCGAUUGUAUGAAGUCAUCGACACACAAACCAAAUUGUACUUGAUACUGGAACUGGGCGAUGGCGGCGAUCUCUAUGACUAUAUUAUGAAACAUGAGGGCGGCUUAAGUGAACAUUUAGCUAUAGAGUAUUUUCGACAAAUUGUCCGAGCCAUUUCAUACUGUCAUAAAUUGCACGUCGUACACAGAGACCUAAAACCAGAGAACGUGCUAUUCUUCGAAAAAUUAGGCAUUGUCAAAUUGACGGAUUUCGGAUUUUCGAAUAAAUUUUGUCCGGGCCAAAAGCUUGAAACAUCGUGUGGCAGUCUGGCGUAUUCGGCACCGGAAAUUCUACUCGGCGAUUCGUACGAUGCACCAGCUGUUGACGUUUGGUCACUGGGCGUCAUUUUGUACAUGCUGGUGUGUGGCCAUCCACCGUUUCAAGAGGCAAACGAUUCAGAGACAUUAACAAUGAUUAUGGACUGCAAAUAUACGACACCCGCUCAUGUUUCAAAUGAAUGUCGUGAUCUUAUUGCACGGAUGCUAUUGCGUGAACCAGAAAAACGGGCAACACUCGCUGAAAUUGCCACCGAUAAAUGGUUGACACAAGAUGGAUCUGAUCAUGUACCUGAAUACUUACCGUUAGUUAGUAGGCAACAAGUUAGCGACGACGAUCAUACGCUCAUCAUACAAAAAAUGAUCAACGGAAAUAUUGCAACCAAAGAGGAGAUUUUAGAAGCUCUAGAUAAAAAUGAAUACAAUCACAUAACGGCAACAUAUUUUUUGUUGGCCGAACGACGACUGAAAAUAACGAGACAGGAAACAGCGCAAGCGGAUCGAUUGAAUGCUGCCACACCAAAUAAUGGAAAAGUGUCACCGAAAAAAAUGUCAGGUGAUGUGGUUGAUGGUGCUGCGGAAAUUUUAGCGAGUAAUUUACUGGCACCACCUCCAAGUGGCAACUAUAAUAACUCACGAACCGGAACUGAUGGCAUAGUAACAACUACGAGUCGAUCGCGAAAGUGUAGUAUUGUGCAGGAGGAAGACGACGAUGAGGACGAUGAAGGUGACGGUGCCGACGGUUCAUUAAAUCGUCGUGGUUCAAAGUCUGAGGGUCGAAUAAAUAUCACCGUACAAGAUCGUUUGGCCGAAACGGAGCGUUUGAAAAAGGAAUGUGCUAUGAAAACCGUAGCCGCCGCCAUAGUGCCCACACGUAGUGUAUUCGAUGGUAUUUGUAAUGUAAAAGUAUUGACAGCAAGUGACAUGGACCCGAAUCGAUUGGGAAAACGGCAAAUGUAUGGUCAAAAACCACGUCCAUUGGAAUUACAAAAUAAUCUAAAUGAACCUGUAUUUCAAACGGUUGUCGAGCCACCAUCGCCAAACAUCAAUAAAUGUCAACCAAUCGAUUGUCAAAACGGUGAAGGUGUCGAAACAAACGAAAACACAGUAGUUGAGACAAAAUUUCUAACCGAUUCAUCGACAAUAUCGAUUCCAAUAACAACCGCAACGCCAAUUGCUCUAGUCAAUCCACCGAAAUAUAAAACAAUGCCAUCACCAACCCGUGCAAACACCAUACUACCGGGUGCAAUGUGUUUGAAUGAGAUUUUCGAAGAGGGUACCGAUGUUGGUUCAUCCGAUACAAGUACCACCACAACACCACGUCCGAUUGUGAAACAUGCCAAUUUCACCAACAAUCGAAAUACAACACAAAGUGGUGGUGCCCAUGCUCAUCGUCGUUCAAAAUUUAAUAAAUCACGAACGGCAUCGUGUUCAUCGUCCGACGAUGAUGAUUCGGAAAAUCGUAAAAAACGUGCACAUAAAAUUGUCGAUUCAACAAAACCAUUUCAGACGCACCGUCGCGAUUCGAACGAUGAUUCGAGUGAUUCACAGGAUCCAAGCAAUCCAUCAUGCGGAGCGUCUGGUUCUGGUUCAACGACAUUUUCAAAUUCGCAAAUUAUCAGCGGAACGACAGACACCAGUGAACAAACCAAUGAUGAGACAACACAAGGUGGUGAAAAUACAACGACAAAUGGACGACAGCAAAAAAAUAAUAGUAUACAAGGUUUUCGUCGUCAUCGCAAUGGACGAAGGCGAACCAGCGAAACACGGUUGCGCGAAAGUCAGUCAUUGAAUCGAAUUACGGAAGUGCAAGAAAGUGAAAUGCCCAUUUUGAAUACAAUUCAAUAUUCAAAUCGAUCACCAGCCACACUAUCGACUAGUGCCAUCGAACAAACCGACUCACAUUCACCGACCACAUCAACAUAUUCAACGAUCACACCGAUUACCAUUCAGAAAACACCAAAACUUGGAUUUGGCGCACGAUUAUUGCAAGGUUUUAAACGAUCCGAUCCAACAUCUAAGGACAACACGAGCCGAUCCAAUGAAUCAAAGAAUAAACAUAAUAAUAACAACAAUAAUAAGAACAAUUGGAAUGGCAGUAAUGGCAAUCACAUAUCAUCGUCGACCGAUUCAAGUGACACCAUCAAUUGGAUCAAACAAACAAAGCCACCGUUACGCGUCAAAGCUCAUCAACGUUUGAAGAAUUUCAAGUGCUUAGUUGAUAUAUUUAGUUAGACUCGGUCAUGGUGUACAUGUGUGUCGCGUCGUCGCAUCUGAAGGCACGACAAAUCUCUCAAAAUCUUUAUGGAAUAUAUGUAUUCUCUUUGAGCAUUGACACAGAUCUAGAUUCGAUGUGAACCGGUUUGCCGGUCUGAUUACUUUGUUCAGUUUUUUAGGGAAUUUCACUAGGGAGUAAAGGGCGAGUGAAAUUCAGAGAAAAACUGUGUGCUAUGACGAAAACUUCGUUCAAUCAUCGUACGAUCGUUAUAGACCACACUGUAAACUUUCAUAAUAACAAAAACAACAAUUAUCAAUAGUUGAUAACCAGUCACCUCGAACCUAGAUCCGUUUACAAGAGACGGUAAUUGAAAAAAAAAAAAAACAAAUGACACCGCGACCAACGACAAAUGCCAAAUUAAAAUUUAAAGUAUCGAUCGGUGCCUUUGUUUUUCUCCCGUGUCUUGUUGAACUUUGCCAAAUGCUCAAAUUACUUAAAACCAUAUUCAUUAUUAGAAUUAAAAAGAUGUUAUUUCUCGUACUCAUCCGUGCCCGCUUCUCAAAGCCCAAUCACUAUUUUCGCUGGUUAGCAAUGUGUGUUUAAACAACAAAUUCAGAGAUGAAUGUAUUUAUUUCAUUGGUGUGUUCGUAAAUCACAUUGUCGAAAAUAGUUUGAAAUUAAAAAAAAACAACAAAAAAAAUUUACCUUAUUAGCGCAUAUUAUUCAUAUAUUCAUUGUAUUUCAUAAGAAAAAGCAUGUAGUCAAAUUAAUGACCAAAAUGAUUAGUAAUGUAGCCAAACCAAAAUGAUAAGGGAAAAAAAUCAGACACAUGCAUAACACACACUGACACCGUGAAAGGACAUAUUUUAUUUUUAAGGUCUAGAUGAAAUUUUAUUAUUCAUAGAAUACUCAUUUAAAAUGAAACACAUUGUAGACAAAAAUGAAAGAAAAAAAAAUUUCUCUUAAAGAUCGGGGCACAUUUUUGUUGUCACGUCCAAAUACGAUACGAUUUUUCUACCCAAUUUUUUUCUAACCCCCACACACACACACAAAACACACACAUACAAAGAUUUUUUUAAAAUUAAAACCAAUUAUAACCGUUUUUAGUGAUACAAAACACACAUACCCUUUUUUAGAUAUAUUAUAUGUAUGACAACAAACAAUCACACCAUUCUUUUGUUUUUAUUUUGUAAAAUGUGGUAACCACAUUUCGAUUUCAUUUGAUGAUAAUGAUCUGUGUAAUUUUAUUAAUUAUUCAAAAAGAAGAUAUGAUACGGAACAUAUUGAUUAUCUCGAAUUGCAAGAGACUGUCAUCACUCUAUUUUGUAAACACUUACUUUAUUUAGUCGUGGAGCAUACACAUUCGAUUACAAAAAGAAAGAAUUUCUGGACUAUUUUGGGAGUUGAUUUAACAUAAAUUUUAUCAAAAUCGAGAUUAUUCAUAGUUGUAUCGACCAUAGGCAGCUUUGAAAAAUUGGUGUCAUUUGAAAAUUGUCGUUUUUGUUUAAAUUGACUUCAAUAGAAUUUGCGUCUAACUAUGGAAUGAAGAGCAACAGAUGAGAUCAAAUGUAAUAGAGAAAGUAUCUUUUAUCACUUAAUUCGAUGUUUUUUCUUAGCAAAAAUUUCAAAUUCUUCUCUCAAUAGAGAGAGUCAAUACAUCAAAAGAGCUAUGCAGCUAUGUACUGGCGCCGUAAUUGGGUUUCAACCUAUUUUCAGAAACAUUCUUCACCAGGUUGUCUUUACACAUAUCUACUUGGCUCUUUGGAUGUGUUGAGAUUAUGAAAUUUGGAAUUGGAACAUUUUUUUCGCACAAGAAAUCGAAAAAAAGUUUUGAAAAAAAAGUCGAUUUCUUUCUGAAAAAUUCCAAAUAGAGUUUCUGAGAUUUUAAGAAAAGAUUUAAGAAAAUGAGAAAUCAUUUAUUCAAUGUCAAUGCUUUCUCGAUUCGUUGAAAAUUCUGCCGUUAGCCUCCCAGGAAAUUUAUCAAGCAAAAUUCAAUAGAUUGUUAUUAAAAUAAGAUUUAAUGUAGAAACAAAGGUUUUGAUGGAUUGCGUCUGCUUGUGUUUUUAUUUUGAUUUAUUUUGUUAAUUCGCAUCUAGUAAAAGUACGCAUUUUUUUAGAUUUUUAUCUUUUCUAUUAUUUUUAAAAUUAAAUUUAUGCAACAAUAAUUCAAUUUAAUGUCAUUUAUUUAGAUUUUUCGAUGUAAUUGAAUUUUUUUCAAAUUAAAAUCGGUUCUUUCUCCAUUUUAUUCUCUUUAAAAAUCAGACACACUCCAUCGAAAUAUUUGCAAUCAUUAAAUUAUACACUGUAUCUCAUAUUCACCCAGACACAAUACUUAGCAGUUAGAAAUAAACUAUAGCGCUUAAAUGCAAAGCUACCAUACACAAAUAACGACGAAUAGAAAAAUACACAGAUCAAGAAAACACUUAACUACAAUUUAGAUGAGAACAAUAGUAAAAUAUCAUUAAACACUAAACUCUUGGAAUAACGGUAGCAACAGAUCAUCAAUAAAUAAAAACCACAUACUCGGAUUCUGUUUUAAUAUUUGCCGUUUCGAUCUGUGUCAGAAAAAAAUAUGCAGAAAAUAUUGAUUUUAUUCUCCCCCGUCACAAGUCUGUUCACAUCAAAAUACACACUGAAUGACUUAAAUAAAUCAACUAAAUUAAAACAUA